CAGCCAACCUUGUCACGGAUAUUACAUGUGAACUGAAAAUUAUUGAUUUUGGUCUUUCGCGGAAUGUCACAAUGCCGUACUAUGAGCUGACGGAUUAUGUCAUCACACGCUGGUACCGCCCACCGGAGCUGCUGCUUGAAAACAAUUAUUACACAACAGCGGUGGAUAUUUGGUCUGUUGGAUGUAUCAUGGCGGAGAUGUACACGCGCAAGCCGGUGCUUCGUGGUCGUAACACGCUGGACCAGCUACGCCUGAUUUGUACUCACAUUGGGAAACCACCGAGUGAGAUGGUCAACAACCCCGAGGCGCUGGACAAACUGCAUGGCCUUCCAGACGGAUCGCUGGAAGUGACUGAACUGGUGCCGGGAUUGACGGACCCGGAGGCAAUUGACAUCCUCACAAAGAUGUGGGAGCUUGACCCAGCCAAGCGUCAGUCAGCGGCGGAGCUGCUUCAGCAUCCCUUUUUGGCGGCCCUGCACGAUGAACAGGAUGAACCCGAGUGCCCAACACUCUUCUCAUGGCCGUAUGAACAAAAGGAAAUGAAUGAUAGUCUUUUGCGACGGGCUUUCUGGGAGGAAAUUUGUGCUUUUAACCCCCAAUUGAAGUCGCAAAUGCCCCCUGCUUCUCCUUAG